CUUUGACUCUGCUCUCGUGUCAUCGCAAUUGAGAACCUCUUUUUCCUCUCCGUUUCCAAGUCAACAAUAAUCCUCCUCCUUCUUCUAUUUCUUCUUCUCUUUCUUCUUCCCACGCGCUCACACAGCGACUACUGCAACAGGACUCCAGCUACAUGUCGACCACUACCGCUGCCGCCGCCGCCGCCGCCGUUGUCAUGCUCUUGGAUGUCACCGCCGCCCAGGGUCUGCUCCUCUACACUCUCUAUCUCCUUCACCGACUGUGCUUCUCCCGAUGGAACGAUCCUCAACGCAUCACCGCGGCCCUCUAUCGCAAACUGUCCUCAGCAGCAACAGCACAGCAACAACAGCAAAAGCCCGUCGAGGGAAAGGGACUUUCACCACUGGACGACACGAGGGAGAGUGAUGACACGCACCAGGAGCACACAACGCAAGAGGAAGACACAGAGAAAGGACCAUCUACGUCGAUCGCCGCUCUUCUGCCGAUUUAUUCAGUGCCGAGAUCGAUCCACGAUAUAUUACCGCCUGAAAUCCUUAUCCUCGUAUUCGACCAUCUUUCAGCGCGCCCUCGGACCUUAAUGCGCUGUAUGCUCGUCUGUCGAUCGUGGCACGGACUCUUAGGUCCCAAGAUCUGGAAAGCUCCACGAGUGCUCUGGUCAAAGCACUGGUCACGCUUUCAUCCCCUCUGUUUCACGCAGAAUCACGAUUCAAAAACAGAUCAGAACCAGACCGAUGUGUACGAUUAUCCCACCGCCGACACGACGAAAAUUCGGAUACCAUAUGCACAGCGCCAGCUCUUGCAACGAUCUCAGCAACUCUCACGGGACGACAUUAUCUCGGCCAUGGCAUUAGGACAGAUUCACGAUUCCGAUCGGCAGGAACUUGAUCAAUGGCUCACCUGGAAGAGACGAGAGCGUGCGCGACGUAUCCAUGCGAUCAGACAAUGGAGACAACGCAGCCAUGGCAGCAGGAUUGAACGAGAGCAUAUACAGCCAAGGAGGAGGAGGUGGAGCGAGCAAGAGAGUGACCAAGAAGAGCAGGACGACAACAAUGAUGAUGAGGGCAAUGAGCGCCCCUCGCAGCAGGAGACCCAGGUGCAUAAAGACCACACACACGAAGAAGAUUUCGCAGAGAGUGAUCUAGACUAUUACCCCUCCGACGAAGAGACAUCUUUGAUGAAAUUGGUCUCAGGAUUCGACUACCUGCACUCGCUUGUCCACCGCUCAGAGAAGGCACUGGAACCCAGCAGCUCCUACUGCCAGCGACCAGCACUCUUUUCGAGCACCGUGGCACGUGUGCGUCGACAGCAGGCUGCCAGGAAGACCCGCCUGAGACUUGCGGAGAUACGACCCUCUGACGGAUUACCUGCAUCCCUCCCACUAUUGUCCUGUGGACAAUGGAUUCAAGAGAUCAAUCUACAGCAGGAAACAGUUUUUUCACAAAAGUCCAGCUCGCACUCGCCCGUCUAUCAUCCUGCAACAGCUACUUCAAGACCACGGCCACUUUAUCCUCGCACACAUGCAUAUGCACUUCUUCUUCAUUAUCAACAACAACAGCAGCAGCAGCAGCAGCAGCAGCAAUUGCAACUGCAACCGCAGGAGGAUGGUCGGACAGCCUGUCCAGGGUUCUUUUCCACACUUUUCUCGGUUUUCUCUUAUCCGCAAAACCAAGGCAGAAGAGGAGAGCCCAAAGAACCAGAACGGUUCAGAUCAAGACGCGAGUUUGUCACAGACAGAACACUGCAGACGAUCCUUGACUCCUGCCCAGGCCUCUGUCGCUUGACUCUCUCGGAUUGUCAGGGAAUUACUGAUACAGGAUUACGCCUAAUCCGAGAAUCCAAGUGCGUAGCCCGGGACACCUUGGUCUCGCUGCACAUGGCCGGAUGCUUUCAGAUCACGGAUACCGGGCUCUUGAACCUCGUCAAUUCCGCCAGUGACAGCAGCGUUAGUACAUCCUCUCGUGGCCCUCGCUUCGAAUCGCUGGAUUUUGCGGGAUGCUUUCAAAUCUCGAACGUCGGCCUUAUCCCACUUUUGAGACAGUGCGGCGUACGCCUCACACAACUGCGGGUAUCUGAGUGUGAGAACAUCUCUGCGCAGUCGGUAUUGACACUUGCAGAGUGCUGUCCUCGUGUUCAAUGGUUGGAUCUCGCACGGUCCGGAGACCUGACGGAGGAGUGUCUCCUUUACUUAGCAGAUCGGUGCACGGAUCUAGGGUGGCUCAAUCUGGCGAGAUGUCAUCCAAACGGCAGUGAUAAUGCCAGCUCGGGGGAAGACGGUAAUACCAUCAGUACCAGCGGUGACGGCAGCGACAACAGCAACAGCACAGACGAUGGCGCAACUGAGCAAGGCUCGGAUAUGGAGAGUCUUAGUAAUACGACCACCGAUGAGACGUAUCGAGAAGCGCAGCAGUAUCAGCAACAACCACAAUAUUCAGCGCAGCAGCGGCAACAACAACAACAACAACAACAACAAAUGCAGCAGGACGCAAUCAAGGACCCCAGCUCAAACAAGGAUGAUGAUGUCAAGGACGACGCCAACAGGGAUAAAGACGGUCAAGGAAAGCCUAUAUCUGACCGCUCCAUUGCACAUCUCUGCGAGUCCUGUCCGAAACUUCAGCUCCUAGAUUUAUCCUACAUCCCUACCGUCUCCAACACCGCGAUCGAAUCCCUUUCCGAGACCGCAAAGUCCCUUGUCUGCUUGACCAUCAUCGGCUGCUCUGGGAUCACUAGCCAGUCACUCUUGUAUCUAGCAAAGUUGAGAAAUACCAGCGGGAAAUUGGGUUGUAUCACCAUGGGCGAUGCACUUGGAAUUUCGGAGAGGGAUAUCGAACGGAUCAUGCAAGGCACUCUCAGUGGCUGGCAAAAGAGUCUUGAGGACGAGAACAGCCUAGGUGAUCUCCUCGGGCGAAGCUGGGACGAGUGAGCACUGAACGCAUGCCUCUUAUUUUUGGAUGUAUAUAUAAUAAACCCCGUUCUUCA